CCGGAAGUCCUCCUCUCUGUGGGGACGUGAGUCUUCAUUUAUCAAGAUGGCAGCGGGUCUGUGCGACUGUGCUCUCUGAGGGUGUUUCAGUCUCAGUGAUGUUCCUGUAGAGCCUCUGUUUUCUCCUGAAGAAGACUCCGGGUUCACCUUUCACUCAGUGUUUCACCUCAGGCUCAGAUCCGGGAGGAAGAAGAUAUUCAACUUAGCUUAGCAUGUGCUCAGAGUACCGGCUCGUAGCUUAGCAUCACAAAGUGACAGUUUGAUGGAGAGAUAAAGAGUUUCUGACUGAGUUUAUUAGAAGAAGAAGAAGCCUGGGUCAUUGUGUGAAAAUGCCUGAAGUCAAACUGCUGAAAGGAAACCAGAGACUAACUUGAUCUGCUGAAGACUAAAGGGAAGAACAAAAGCGGACGAGGAUGAAUAUCAGAAGAGGAGAAGGAGCAUCAACAGGGACUCCUGGACCCUGUUUCAGCUCCAAGCUUUUCUUAAACACAGCAGGCAUCCAGCAGCUGUUGGUGAGUAAAGAAGACCCUCUCCAUGAGCAGCAGGAGUGGUGCCUCGCCAUGGACCAGGAGGACACUGAGUCCCUACACAUUAAAGAGGAACAGGAGGAACUGUGGAGCAGUGACGAGGGAGAGUUGCUAGAAGAACUGGAGGAGGCUGACACCACCAAGUUCCCCUUCACUAUUAUCCAAGUGAAGAGUGAAGAUGAAGGAGAGGAACCUCAGUCCUCACAGCUUCAUCAGAGAAAAAGUGAAAAGAUGGAAACAGGCUCUAAUGGAGAGGACUGUGGAGAACUAGAGCCAGCCAGGAACUCAAAUCCAGAGAGACUUUUACAACCAGAGACUGAGCUGAAGAAUGAAAUGUGUUCUGAACCAGAGACUGAAGAGAGUGAUGAUAACUGUAAGGAGACUGGUGAAGAUCAGUCAGGUUUAAACUUUCUGGAAAACAUGCAAAAUGAAAGACCAAAUACUGAAAAGAAAUUACACAGCUGUGCUGAGUGUGGGAAGAUAUUUACAGAGAAACGUAAUCUGACCAGACACUUGAAGAUUCACACUGGGGAGAAACCUUUCAGCUGCUCUGAGUGCAGCAAAAGAUUCAACCAAAAAGUGGAACUGACCUCACACAUGUUAGUGCACACAGAAGAGAAACCCUUCAGCUGCUCUGUGUGCGGGAAAAGAUUUAAACACAAAGGAAGUCUGUCCACACAUAUGUUUGUUCACACAGGAGAGAAACCCUUCAGCUGCCCUGGGUGCAGUAAAAAGUUUCACCAUAUCGGGGAUCUAAGAUCACACAUGAAGCGUCACAGUGGAGAGAAACCCUUCAGCUGCUCCGACUGUGGUAAAAGAUUUAAACACAAAGGGAGUCUAACCACCCAUGAGUUGGUGCACACAGGAGAGAAACCUUUCAUCUGCGCUCUUUGUAGUAAAAGAUAUUACCGCAUAGGGUUUCUCAGAUCACACAUGUUGGUUCACACUGGAGAGAAACCCUUCAGCUGCACCGAGUGCGACAAAAAGUUUAACAGAAAGGACACUCUGACCAGACACAUGCUGGUUCACACAGGAGAGAAACCCUUCAGCUGCAGAAUUUGUGCACAAAGAUUCUCUUGGUCAUAUCAGAUUAAACAACAUAAGUGUAUUGGAAGUCAGACUUCAGAGCAUCAUCUCAUCCAGACUGAGGACAUAAGAGAGGCAGAAACAGGAGCGGAUGGAGAGAGCUGUGGAGGGCCACAACCAGUGGAGGACUUUGAUCCAGUUAAAACCUUACAACUAGAGAUUGAGAUCAAGUCUGAAGACUCCUCUGAACCUGAUCCUGAACUUGAGACUGACAGUGGUGAUGAUGAAUCACGUCUAAACUAAAAGAGAAAAUGAAUGUUCUGUCAGUGAUAUGACAUAUAGCACUUGUGAGGAACCACUCAGUGUGUGGUCAUACAUACAGCUAGAGUUACCUCCUGAAGAAACAACGAGCACACCCAGGAGAGAAAUCAUUUAGUUUUUAUGUUGGUGAUAAAAAGGAUUUAAACAUAGGACUGAUUACUUUGUAAACAGCAUUACAAAUAAAGUUGAUCAGUUUCAACUUUGCCCUCUUGAUACCAAGUCUUAAGUAAAGACACAACGGGGUUUACAAAUGUGUGGAAGUGGAAAAUCCCAGAUUGCUGAUAUUUUACUAGUUAAACUUGUAUUACUCAGCUGUUUGAUGUCAUCACACAGAAGGUGUCCUGAUGUCUGUUGAUUUUUGGGGGUAAUAACUGAUUUAAGAUCAGUGUAUUGUUUGUUGCACUUGCUGAUGCCUAAUAUUUGUUGGUUUUGUGUAGAAGUUAGUUAAAUGUUUGUAACCAAACCAGAUAUUAUUGCUUUGCUUAAACCCUGUUAACAUGAAACCGCUGCAAUGAACUGGAUGAUACUUUGACAAUGCGUCUCGCUGAUUUCAAUUUAUUGUAUUACUUGUUAUAAUUUCUGAUACAAACAUAUUUAUGGAAAGCAUAAAUAUAUUACAGUGUUUUUAUGUUGUCUUCUGUCUGCAUGAUGCUAAUGAAGGAUUAAAUGUUUUCAAUGAAACCA